AUGUCACUGGCACAUGUUUCCCUCCCUGUCUCCUCUCUCGAAACAUCAAAGUCAUUCUACCUCGAAACUCUCAAAUCUCUGGGAUAUGGUAUCUGGAGGGAACUUGAUCAGUGUAUCGGUUUUGGGGUCAAGAAUAAAGGGCCGGACUUCUGGAUCCACGGUUGCUCAAAAACCUCGAAAGUGGUGGAGGAUGUGAAAGAGGCUGGGGAUAGCAAGGGCGAUAGGGAAAAAAUCCAUAUUGCGUUUAACGGAAACGACCCAGAUGAUGUGAGAGCGUUUUACGAGGCUGCUUUAAAAGCAGGUGGUACUUGCAAUAGCCCGCCAGCCGAUAGAUCAGAAAUUGUCAAGGGCUAUUACGCGGCGUUUGUGUUGGACCCGGAUGGGAACAAGAUCGAGUGCAUGUCUUACCAGCCGUGA